AUGUCUUCGCCUACCGGACUCCCUCCCGUCUGCCACCCCAACGCCACGCUGUGCUCGGGCGCCUCCUGCCUGGUACCGCCCAGCAACUUCAACGAGAUCCUGAGCGUGGUGCUGAGCACAGUGCUGACGGUCAUGCUGGCCAUGGUCAUGUUCGCCAUGGGCUGCACCGUGGACGCCCCCAAGCUGUGGGGCCACAUCAGGCGCCCCUGGGGCAUCUUCAUCGGCUUCCUCUGCCAGUUCGGCAUCAUGCCCUUCACGGGCUUCGCCCUGGCGCUGGCCUUCAACGUCCUCCCUGUGCAGGCCGUGGUCAUCCUCAUCAUGGGCUGCUGCCCCGGCGGCUCCAGCUCCAACAUCCUGGCCUACUGGCUGGACGGGGACAUGGACCUCAGUAUCAGUAUGACCACCUGCUCCUCCAUCUUAGCCAUGGGGAUGAUGCCUCUGUGUCUGCUCAUCUAUACCUCCAUCUGGACCUCUGCAGACACCAUCCAGAUCCCCUAUGAGAGCAUAGGCAUCACCCUGGUGUCUCUCCUGGUUCCGGUCGCGCUAGGGAUCUAUGUGAAAAACAAGUGGCCUAAGGUAGCAAAGAAGAUCCUCAAGGUCGGCUCCAUCAUGGGCAUCGCCCUCAUUGUCAUCAUCGCGGUGGUGGGCGGCGUGCUCUACCAGUCCUCCUGGAUCAUCUCUCCCUCCCUCUGGAUCAUCGGCGCCAUCUACCCCCUGGUGGGCUUCGGUCUGGGCUUUCUGCUGGCCCGAUUCGUGGGCCAGCCCUAUUACAGAUGUCGCACCAUCGCCCUGGAGACAGGCUUCCAGAACUCGCAGCUUUGCAGCACCAUCGUGCAGUUGUCUUUCUCUGCAGAGGAGCUGGAGGUCAUGUUCAGCUUCCCUCUCAUCUACAGCAUCUUCCAGCUGGUGGUCGCCGUGGGCUCUGUGGGAGCCUACCAGCUGUACAAGAGACACUGUCGCAGGGCGUCGGCCCACGAGGACAGCGAGAGGGCAGAGGGCGGCGACCCGGCAGAGCCCUCCUCCAAGGAGAAGCAGGACUACGCUCUGGAGAACGGCGGGUUCGAGUGCGACGAGAACGGGAACACGGCGGGGAAGGCCACCCAGCUGUGA